AUGGUUCUAAGUGAGAAUGAUGCCGGCAAGAAUUUGACUGCCGCGGCAGCUAAAGGGAACGUAGCAGAGGUACGAAGGAUGCUGGAGGAAUGUAGAGUUCAUCCCGACACAGUCAAUGAAUUCGGAAAAACCGCGCUGCAGGUGAUGAUGAUGGGUAACACCAACGUGGCUUGCCUUUUGCUGGAGAAUGGCGCAGACCCAAACAUUCAGGAUUGCUUUGGGGUAACACCCGCACAUGAUGCAGCCCGUACUGGAUUCUUGGACACGCUCCGUGCUUUGGUUCUUUACGGUGCUUCUGUCAACGUCCCUGACCAGUCUGGUGCUUUACCCAUCCACAUUGCCAUCCGAGAGGGUCACAUGGACGUCGUGGAAUACCUGGCACCACGCUCCAACCUUGGUCAUCAUGACACUAGUGGAGACACUGCCUUGGAUGUUGCCAGGGCAACGUGCCCGCCAGAUGUCGUGGAACUGCUAGAGCGCCAGUUAGAAUACAGCACGAUGUAUCAAUCGUCACAGUGA